UAAGGCGAUAUAGACUCAGCAGUUUUCAUGACUUAGUAUUAUUCUUCAGAAAUGCAUCCCACUCAAUUACACUGUACUCAUACCUGACAACACCCACUGCAUACCUCAAUUUCCUAAAGAUUGCAAAACUAGUUUCUGGGGGAGGCAGGUCUUGGCGUCAGUGAAUAGUCUUCCUUGUGCUAAGGGGGUGUGUUACUAAGGACAUUGGAAACAUUGAAGGAAAUCCGUCCACUUUCUCUCUGUGUAACUGAGGGAACGCUUCAGAGGGAGGGGCAAAUGUAUAAAUAUAAGAUGAAGGUGACUGCAGAAUUAAUUACACUUGCUACACUGACGCUAACAAAUGGAAGACUUGAGUAUACAGUAUGUCAACCUGGAACAGUCUGAAAACCUGGAGAGACACAGGACAGUGGGCUUUAACGGUGCCAAUGCUCUAGUGGUGCGAAGAGGAGCUCCAUUCAGAAUCAGUGUAGGGCUGAAGGGUCGACCUUUCAACCCUACGACUGACUCUCUGAGGAUCAAAGUCAUGCUAGGUCCGCUGUUUGUGAUAAUGCCAGUCACAUUGCCAAAGAAGACCCCUUCCUCCAGUUGGAAUGCUUAUAUUAACACACAUGGCUUAAACCCCCUGAACCCCUCGAUCUUCAUCUCCUCUCCAGCCUCUGCAUCAGUGGGCUGGUACAAGUUUCAGCUGGAUGUGCUCACACUGGAUGGCCAGAGGAGUCAGGCUUUUGGCAAGUUUAUUCUGCUCUGCAACCCCUGGUGCUCUGAGGAUGCAGUGUAUCUUCCAUGUGAGGAACAGAGAAAAGAAUAUGUCCAAAGUGACUCUGGGUUGCUGUUUAUGGGGACAGCUAAGAACCUUGUAUCAAGACCAUGGUCCUUUGAUCAGUAUGAGCCAGGUGUUCUGGAGUCAUGCCUGAAUCUUCUCCAAGUCAGCCCUCAGCACCAAAAGAACACGAGAAUGGACUGCCUGAAUCUAAACAACCCUGUUUACAUCAGCCGGGUAGUCUCUGCCAUGAUCAACUGUGAAGAUGAUCGUGGAGUACUGAAGGGAAACUGGUCAGGUGACUACAAACAAGGUAAUCAUCCCUCCAAGUGGACAGGAAGUGGAGACAUCUUGAAACAAUGGGCCCGGUCUGGUUACCAGCCAGUCAAGUAUGGACAGUGUUGGGUGUUUGCUGCUGUCAUGUGCACAGUUAUGAGAGUUCUUGGCAUUCCUUGUCGUGUUGUCACAAACUUCAACUCAGCCCAUGACACCAAUGGCAACCUGGUGAUUGAGGAGUACUACAGCGAAACUGGGACAAAACUAAACCUCAGCCAAGACAGCAUAUGGAACUUUCAUGUAUGGGUGGAGUGUUGGAUGACUCGCAGGGAUGUGGGAUCUGAAAUGGACGGUUGGCAAGUUCUGGACCCGACCCCACAGGAGAGAAGUGGAGGAGUGUUCUGCUGUGGCCCAGCUCCAGUCAAAGCAAUCAGGAGUCAGCGUAUCGACCUUUUAUAUGACAUCCCAUUUGUCCAUGCUGAGGUGAAUGCUGACGUACACACAAUCAUCGUGAGCCAGGGUCAGAUGGUCAGCUUCAGCAAAGACAAGGACAAAGUUGGAUCCCUCAUCUGCACUAAAGCUGUUGGCCUCCCAAGACUGCAGAACAUCACAGCAGACUAUAAAUAUGUGAAAAGCCCAACUUCAACACCGUCAUCAAGAAGUUCCACCAUUUCAAAAGACUCAACACUGAGAAGAGCUGUCUUAUCCAAAGGAGUGUCAGUCGUCCUGGCCCUGGAUAAAUCUCCAGUAGUCGGGGAGCCAAUCUGCUUUACGGUGAAGGUGAUGAACCAACAAAGUGUAUCCAAGAUGAUGAAAGUUCAUUUCAAUGCUCAGGCAAAAGAGUACAACCACAAUCCUUCUGACACCUUUUGGGACAAAAAUGGUGUCAUACAGUUAGCACCCAUGGAAGUCAAGGUACUGCAGCAGCAGAUCCUCUCAGCCCAGUAUGUGGAUGUGGUGGGUGACAAUCUGAUCAACUUGGCAGUUGUCCUGGAGGACAUGGCCAGCCAUGAACGGGUGCUCACUUCAGAGGAGUUUAACAUAGCAAGCCCAGAGCUCACCAUCCAGGUUGCAGAUGAAGACUCUGUUGUGCCCAAAAAAGAGCAUACUGCCACAAUUUCUUUCACCAACCCGUUCUCUCAACCAGUGAGUGGAUUACUCACUGUAGAAGGAGCUGGGCUCAUGCACAAGGUUCACUUCAGUAUGCCCUCAUUACGUCCAGGCAUGAGAGUGGAGCAAGACAUCAAAUUCCUCCCAAGCAUGGUGGGUGUAAAGAUGCUGCAGGCCAGUCUGUCACUCUCAGAAAUCAACAUCAACAUCAGAGGCUUUAAGAUGGUGUCCAUCAACAGUAUUUAACUCCCUCAAAGGUUGUCAUGUGUUAUAUUACCCUCACUGAAAUCAAUGUGAAUGGUAUUUAUUUUUUGCUGUGUAUUUAUUUGAGCCAUUAAAAUAAUAUUGUUGCCUGAAAUUUUGCAUCAGUACUUGAAAUGUAAAAAUUGGCAAAAAAAAUGCUAAUUUAAGGAAUUAUGCUUAUUUAAGCUUUGCCACCUGUGUCAUAUUUCUUCUGCAGAAGCUACACACUUCAGUGUUAAUAAUGUUUGAAUGUAUUUUUCUUGUUGCAUUUCUUUUUCUGCCCUGAAGAGGGAGACAUCUCCUCAGAGAUAAGAGCAGGCCCCUUGGAUGAAAUACUUUUCGUACCUUAAGAUAUUAAUAUGUAAUUUAAAACAAUCUAUCACUACUCUUGAUGUCAUGUAAUCUUUCUAUGCCUUCACGCUUCGUAAAUGUGUGAAAUAAAAGGAAAGCUAAUUUGA